GGAACUCACUGAUGGCCCCAGUGGGCCGUUGGCAGAAGGGGAAAGAUCUCACGUGGUACGCCAAGGAGAAGAAGAGCGAGGCGGCCCUCUCGCGGGCAGAAGAACUGGCUGCCAUCCGCCGGGCGGAAGAGGAGGCAAUGCUGGCAGCAUUGGGCUACAAGAACGUCAAGAAGCAGCCGACCGGCCUGAGCAAGGAGGAUCUCGCCGAGGUCUGCAAACGAGACGGGGCCGAGCGGGACGAGAAGAGCGUGGAUCGGGUGUUGGGCCUGGGGAGCUCGAGAAGUGCCGGAGGUCGGAUGAUGUUUUCCAAAGAAGACAAGGAAGCUGCUAAGAUGGGUCUGUCGGUCUUUACGCAUCAGCGAGUGGCAAGCAGUCCGGAGGUUUCUGCUGCUAAAAGAAAACCAGAGAAGGUAGAAGAGGCGGAAGCAAUACAGCCGGAGGCCGCCAAGAAAUCCAGAAAGAAGGAAAAGAAAAAGAAGAAACACAAGAAAGAGAAGAAGAAGGAGAAACACCACAAAAAGAAAACCGCUUCGUCUUCUGCCUCCUCCUCCCCGGAUGACCGAGAAAGACAAAGGCCGCCGGCCUCCCCUGCCAAGCGCCAUCCAUCAUCGUCCCAGCAGGCUGGAGCCAGCCGCCCUGACAGCCAUUCAUCACCCUCCCGAGGAGAACAGAAACCGCCCAGCAGGUGGCGCCAAAGUCCUGCCUCCCCCGGGCGCGGGAAGGAAGGGACCCCCUGCGGCCGGCCAUCGACAAGGACACGCUCUCCCGAGCCGGGGAGGAAGGGACAGGCCGAUUUGAGGGACAGGAGGGACAGGCUGUCCGGGUCUCCCAGGAGCAGGGGUUCAGGGCGUCACAAAAAGAGAAGCGGCGAGUCCCCCACGGCCCAUAGGGCCAGGAGGAGGCACGACACGGACUCUGACGACUAAAUGUUAACUUGAAACCGGCCUUUCGCGAACGUCCAGUUCUCCGUUGUCCCGUUUGAGGUCAAGCUCUUUGCACCAGCACAGAGGAGGAGGAAAGGGACAGAAUGCCCCGUCAGGAAACUUAACUGUGCCUAUAACUUCUUUACGUGUUUCUGUACGUGUUUUAUAAGAGAGAAACCGGUCACUGGUAGAUCAGCUCCCUAGAACGGGAAAUCCGAAAAGGCGGGCGCUUCCGUUGACUCCGGGAGAAGCCAGCUUUUGAGUUAGACAAAGGGAGCGCUCUGUCGUCACUGCCGAUAACUGCUAUGUUGGGGGGGUGGGGGAGAGGUUAAAUGUCUGCACCCGCUUGGGCGUAUAACCGCUUUCAGAGAGAAAUAAUAAAACAAGACAUUCCGUUGAGCUGUUUCUAAGCCC